AAACUCUGCCACCAUCGGACUUUGGUUCCACAUUCUGAAGCUCAAAAUCCGAUUGCCGAGAAAAUUCAACUAAGAAGAUAGAAUUUUUGAUAAAUUAAGUUCAUUCCAUUUCAAAUGCGAAAGCCUGAAGCUGCUACCGAAUCUCAAAUGGCCAGAGACAAGGACGCUACCAAUCUCUCUCGCACUUUUAAAUACUUAAUGGCUACCCAAUUCUUGUCAAGAGGCAUUCCAUUCAUUUUCAAUUUGUGGAUCGUGAGGCAUCUUACGGAAGAGGAUUAUGCGGUUUAUGCAGUACAAUUUCACCUCUUUGUUACAUGUGUUCUGUUCCUUAGCCGGGAGGGAUUCCGACGAGCAUGCAUGCGGGCAGAGUUAAGUGACAGCACUUCAGUUGAGGAAAAUUCAAGGAGGCUACUUAAAGUAGCCUGGUUGAGUUUCCCACUUGGAUUGGUUAUUACUCUUGCCGCAUGUUAUCUGGUUCUUUGGUGGCAAGAUAUUGCCUUUUCUAAUCCAUAUGCACAAGCCAUCUUAAUUAAUGGAUGUGCGUGUAUUUUAGAGCUGUUGGCAGAGCCUUUGUACAUUCUUUCUCAGACCUUACUUUUUCUUAAAUUACGGCUUCUAGUUGAAACUAUGGCUACAUUUUCACGUUGCAUGACAAUGUACAUCCUCCUAGUGAAGCGGAGUAACAUGGAGAAAGGAAUUAUAUUUGCUUUAUCACAAUCUGCAUAUGGUGCUUGCUUGUUCUUAGGAUAUUGGGUCUACUUUCUUAAUUUUUGUGCAUUUAAAUGGUCAGAUCUUUUUCCUUUCAGAGUGGGAAACAUGAAGGAUUUUGAUAAGAAGCUUUCAAACAUGUGUAUAUUAUUUACUUUACAAUCCUUCAGAAAGUUGGUUCUUCAAGAAGGUGAAAAGAUGGUUCUUGUGUGGUUAGAUACACCAUAUAACCAAGCCGUUUAUGGAUUAGUAGAUAAAUUGGGAAGUUUAGUGGUGCGACUGGUUUUUCUUCCAUUUGAAGAAAGUUCAUACACUACAUUUGCAAGGUCUGCAUCAGGAGAAUACCCAGAUAAAACUAGAAAGCUUGCCAUCUGCCUUUCAGAAGCUCUCAAGUUAGUUUUGCUGAUUGGCCUUAUAUUUAUGGCAUUUGGUCCAAGCUAUUCUUAUGCACUCAUUAGAUUGCUAUACGGCCAGAAAUGGAGUGAUGGAGAUGCGCCAACAGCUCUCCGUUAUUACUGCCUGUAUAUCAUUGUGCUGGCUAUGAAUGGUACUUCAGAAGCAUUCCUGCAUGCUGUUGCAAAUGAGAGCCAACUCAAGAAGUCAAAUGACUCAUUGCUUUUAUUCUCAUUGAUCUAUGUCGUGCUAAAUUUUCUGCUGAUCCGGUCAUCCGGAGUAGUUGGCUUGAUUUUUGCUAAUUCUAUAAAUAUGAUUUUGAGGAUAACAUACUCGGCCAUAUUCAUCAAAGGCUACUUCAAGAACUCUUCAUUCUCCUUCAACAGAUGCCUGCCUUCAGGAUGGAUUUUUUUAUUAUUCUCAGGGGUUCUGACUCUUAUUUCGGAGAGAUUAUUUCUGGACCAACAAAAUUUUUGGUCAACAUUUUCGCUUCAUUUUUCAAUUGGUUUGGUUUGCUUUCUUGUGUCAUCAUACGUCAUCUAUCACCGUGAGAGAUCCUUCAUCAACAAAAUUGUUCGUUUCCGUCAACACUCAGAUUGACAAGCAUUUUUCUGGGGAGCUGAAUGUUAUAUUAAAAUAUCAGUUAAAGUAUUGAAGCUUUUUUUUUUUGUCUGCUUGGUUAUGGCAAGGGGAAAUGUUUGUCAACUCAGCCAUAAGAUCCCGUUAGAUUCGAAUCAGUUUUGAAGUUGUAGGAAAGCCGAAGAGGAUGAUAUCCAGGACAUAUCCAUGGCAGGAAAAGGACAAAUGAGCACUGCUGAGCCUCGGUAACUUUCAGAAAUAACUCGGCAAGCUAACUACUGAUUAGUAAUCUAUGAAUGCUAAUUUAUCUAUAUUAUGCUCUCAAGUUACUAUAAUAUAUAUGAUAUCUUGACAUAGGCACAUUAUAUCCUCUCAUCAGUUUUAUCAUCUGAACUCCUGUUUUUUAUUUUGCAAUUUGGUUCAGAUAUUUCUUUUCUGAAGAGAUCUGAUUUCUGAUAUUUGCAUUUAA